AUGUUUAGAUCAUUGGGCAUAAGACCCUUUACAAGGCUUGCCAAUAACCGUUGUAUAUCGCGGCCAAACUUUGUCAAGUCCUGUGUUGCUAGAAACUUCUCAUCCGGUAUUGGUCGAUUUCAAAAAGAGACUGAAAUCCAAGAUGAAUUCGAGGGUGAGAGAAAGUGGUCUACGCCUUUGGCUAAACAGCUCUUUGCUGCCAUCUCAACGACAGGGCCUGUUCCAUUGGCAAGCUACAUGCGAAUGUGCUUAACUGGUGAUAUUGGAGGCUACUAUACUGGAGCCAUCGAAGAAGGUCGAGAUCAGUUUGGAACAAAGGGUGACUUUGUCACUUCACCAGAAAUCUCACAGAUCUUUGGUGAACUCAUCGGUAUUUGGUUCAUCGCCGAGUGGAUGAGCCAGGGUCGACCAAAGCAGGGAGUUCAGAUUAUCGAGGUUGGACCUGGUCGCGGUACUCUGAUGGAUGAUAUGCUUCGAACAAUCCAACGAUUCCCUGCUAUGGCUAACAGCAUCGACGCUGUCUACAUGGUUGAGGCCAGUCGUGAGCUCCGAAAGGCUCAAAAGGAACUUCUGUGCGGACCUGACGCCUCUUCAUCUGAGUUAGAAUCUGGUUUCCGCAGUUCUAGCAAGUACAAUGGCAAGAAGAUUGUCUGGACAGAUAACAUCAAGUCAAUCCCAUACGGUAAGCAAUAG